UAUGUUAGGAGCCAGCGAAGCGAUGCUCCGGAGCAGCGCGGUGGAAGCAGUAGGGUAGAUGAGCUUCAGCCGCCUCCCGCCAGCGCAAGAGGACACCCCGGGGUGAGGAGCGAGGGCCGUGACGGAGGGCUCCGGCUGCUGGGCCCAGGGGCAGCCCACCUCUGCAGCUCCGUGCCAGCAGCAGCCUCCGUAGGGCCAGGUCUGCAGGGGACACUUCCAGGAGCAAGGAGGAUGGUGGCAACGGCCAGACUCGUCCUCCUGCUGCUGGGCUGCGUGGGGCUCCUGCGGCCGGCCGGCUCCCGGUACGUAAGCUACUGCCCCAAGGGCUGGUCCUACUACAAGCUCAGCUGCUUCGGGUACUUCCGUCAGCCCCGGAGCUGGGACGAGGCCGAGAGGCAGUGCCAGAGCAAACACCCCGGUGCCCACCUGGCCUGGGUGGAGGAGCCCCGGGAGGCGGCCACCCUGCAGAGACUCAUCUCCUACUACCAGCGCGUGAAGCCCGUCUGGCUCGGCCUCCGCUACAGGCAGGAGAGCCAGGCCUGGCAGUGGGCGAGUGGGGACAAGUACAGCAUCGCCAGCGGGCUGGCUGGGAGCGGUGCCCACGGGGGGACCUGCGGCAUGCUGACCCACCUCAGCGGCUUCGCCCUGUGGUCCAGCGCCAACUGCACCCAGCAGCAUCACUACAUCUGCAAGUUCACCCCCUUGCACUGAGCACAGCCCCUGGGUGACCCCGCACGGGCGAUGUUCCUCCCUUGCCACCUCCGCUCCUUUCCCUCCAACUCCUAAAAAUACAUCUAUAAAAAAAGAAGC